AUGAGUCGUGCUGAAGUUGAUUUACAAACAAGUGUUAAAAAAGCUUGUAAUGCUGAUGAAGUACCCCCGAAAAGAAAACAUGUGAGAGCUUGUAUUGUUUAUACUUGGGAUCAUAAAAACUCUCGUGCCUUUUGGAAUGCUGUUAAAAUCCAACCAUUACAAAGUAAUGAAGUUCAAUUGUUUAAAGCAUUGAUUAUGAUUCAUAAAGUUUUACAAGAAGGACAUCCAAACACUUUGAAAGAUGGAUAUAGAAAUCGGGAUUUCAUUGCUUCUUUGGCAACAGUUUUCCCUAGUCAUGGAAGUGCUUAUGGGAGAUUAAUUAAUCAAUACGAUAAAUAUAUUCUUCAAAAAUUGGAUUUCCAUCGUAAUAAUCCUGGUUUUAAUGGGACAUUUGAAUAUGAAGAAUAUAUCUCAUUAAGAGCCGUUAAUGAUCCUAAUGAAGGUUAUGAAGCAUUAUUAAAUUUGAUGGAUCUUCAAGAUCUGAUUAAUGAUUUACAAAAACUUAUUUUUGCCACAAUUAAUCAAAGUCAUAGUAAUUUAUGUAAAGUUAGUGCCUUAGUGCCAUUAAUUGCUGAAUCUUAUGGGAUUUAUAAAUUUUGUAUUUCUAUGCUUAGAGCCAUGUAUCAACAAUUGGGAGAAGAUGAUGCAUUGAGCGGAUUAGUUGAAAGAUUUGAUUCUCAACAUUUCAUGCUUAGAGAUUUUUAUACUGAUUGUCAUGCCAUUAAAUUUUUAACUAGUUUGAUCACUAUCCCUAGAUUACCAAAUAGUGCUCCAAAUUUAAAAGUCACCGAUGAUGGUCAACCAAUUUCUAGACCUCGUUCUGUUAGUACUACCGAUACCAACAACAACAACAACAACACUAAUAAUACUACCCCACAAUUGUCUUCACAACCUACAUCUCAAUUUGAACAACCUCCGGUAGCUCCGGCUAUUGAUCAAUUAGUAGGUCAACAAACGGGAUAUUUGUAUCAACAACAACAAGAACAAGAAAGAAUCCAACAACAAUUGGAAUUACAACGUCAACAACAACUUCAACAACAACAAGAACAACAAAGAUUAUUCGAACAACAACAACGAGACCAAGAAAGAAGGUUUAUGGAGGAACAACAAGCACUUCAAAUGCAACAAACUCAACAACAACAACAUAUUGGCAGAGUUUCUGAAUUAGAACAUGAUUUAUUAAUGUUCAAAAAUCAAUAUGAUAAUGAUCAACAAUUAUUACAACAAUAUGAUUCUCGAGUUAAAAGUUUAGAAAAUGAAAUGAGUGCCCUUAAUUCAACGGCAACACAACAAAUUGCUUCUAAAGAUGAACAAAUCAAAAAUUUAGAAGAUCAAAUUGCCAAUUGGACGAAAAAAUAUGAAUCACUUGCAAAAUUAUAUUCACAAUUACGUCAAGAACAUUUAAAUUUAUUAGCUAAAUUCAAAAAAAUUCAACAAAAAAUUAGUAGUGCUCAAGAAUCGAUUAUGAAGAAAGAAAAAUUGGAAAAAGAUUUAAAAGCGAAAAAUGUUGAAUUAGCCGAUUUAAUUCGUGAAAGAGAUAGAGCUAGAUUAGAUUUAGAUCGAUUAAAAGCUAAUAAAGAUCAAGAAAUUGAAAAAUUGCAAGCUGAAGUUCGAGAAUUGACUUUAACCCAACAAGAAUCGGGUAAAUUACAAAGUUUGAAUCUUUCUAGUAUUAUGACUAAACAUCAAUCAGAAUUAGAUAAAUUGAAAAAUCAAUUAGCUGAAAGAGAAUUAAAAUUGACUAAUUUGGGUGAUUCAGAACAAUUACAAUCGAAAUUAAGAGAUACAGAAAUGGAAUUGCAAAUCACUAAUGAAUCAUUAGAUAAUGCUCUUGCUGAAUUACAUCGUACUAAAGAAGAUCAAGAUGAUAUUAUUAAUGCCCAAAUUGAUCAUAUUUUACUUGCUAAUGUGGAAAAAUUUAAAAAUCUUAUUGAUAUUUUUUUGGAAAAUAGUGUGAAAAGAGUAUUAGAUACUAAACAUGAAUUAGUAUCACCGGUACAAGCAGGGAAUUUAAAUGCAUCACCAGAAUAUGUAUUAUCAAUUAUUGAACUUUGUUCUGAUACAGCUACUGAAUUUGCUACAAUUUUCAAUAGUUUUAUUGCUGAAGAUAGAAAUGAAGAUGAAUCGAGUUUUUCUGAUAUCAUUUUAAGUACAUCAUCUUUAACUUCAAGUAUUAAUGAUUUAACAUUAAAUGCCAAAGGGAUGACAAAAAAUAUUGUUGGUGGGGAUAAUUUUGAAGAAAAAAUUUAUCAAUUGGUUUCACAAAUAUUGGAUGAAACAAUUGGAUUUUUCCAAAAUUUAAAAUCCGAAAAAUUGAAUAAAUUUGAUGAUAUUGAUGAUAAAAUUGAUGCUGUUAUCGAUGGGAAUUAUCAAUUACAAACUUCAUUGAAAAGUUUAGGACAAUAUAUUGAUACAUUAACUGCUAAUACUAAUGUCAUUAAAGUUCAUAAAAAUGGUAAUUUAGAAGAAUUAUUUGAUGAUGAAAUGCAACAAACAGUUGAUACUAUUAGUUUAGCAUCGAAAUUUUUGAAUGAUUUAAUGGCAAAUCCUCAACUUUAUAAUGGUAAUGGUGGGAACAUUGAAGUUGAUGAAAUGUUAUUAGCUUGUGCCAAAGCCAUAACUGAUGCCGUUGCCGAAUUAAUCAAAGCAUCAAUAAAAUCCCAACAAGAAAUUAUUUCCAAAGGUGGUACCACAAAGAGUGAUUUCUACAAAAAAAAUAGUCGUUGGACCGAGGGGCUCAUUAGUGCAUCUAAAGCGGUUGCUGGUGCAACAAAUGUUUUAAUUCAUACUGCUGAUGGAGUACUUAAACAAUCCAAUUCUCAUGAAGAAUUAAUUGUUGCAUCUAAUGAAGUUGCGGCAUCAACAGCACAAUUAGUUGCUGCAUCAAGAGUGAAAGCUAAUUUUGUUUCUCAAGCUCAAGAUAAUUUAGAAAUUGCUUCCAGUAAUGUUAGUAAAGCUUGUAAAUCACUUGUUGUUAAAGUUGAAGGAUUAUUAAUUAGAAAAGAUGAAGAAGGAGAAAAAGAAAAAGAAAAUAUUGAUUUGACUAAACUUACUCCAUAUGAAGGUAAAACUCUUGAAAUGGAACAACAAGUGAAAAUUCUUAAAUUGGAAAAUUCAAUUUUAGCAGCUCGUAAAAGACUUGCAGAAAUUAGAAAACAAGAAUAUAAAACUCCAGAAACUGUUUUUGAUUGA